CAUGCUGGCCGCGCCCACCAGACGCCCGUCGGCCGGUCGGCUGUAUGUGUGAGCGCGGCCCGUACAGAUGACGGCUCCGCUCUCUGCCGCCGCCAUGGCCCGGCUGCCGCUGCUGCUGCUGCUGGCGCUGGCCGCCGCCGGGCGCGCCCAGGCCGCCGCCCCAUCCAACGACACAAAGGACAAGCAGCGCUGCACCGACGGUCUGAUCCUGUCCGUCUGGGAGCCGCAGGACAACCUCAGCGGCGGCGACGUGUUCGCGCGUGCGCUCGUUUACUUCCUCACGCUCAUCUACCUCUUCAUCGGCGUGUCCAUCGUAGCCGAUCGAUUCAUGGCCUCCAUCGAAGUCAUCACGUCCAAAGAGAAGGAGGUCACCGUCAAGAAGCCCAAUGGCGAGACGCAGAUUGUGGUCGUGCGUGUCUGGAACGAGACGGUGGCCAACCUAACGCUGAUGGCGCUGGGCUCUUCCGCGCCAGAGAUCCUGCUCUCCAUCAUUGAGAUCUACGCCAAGGAUUUUGAUUCGGGCGACCUGGGUCCGGGCACGAUCGUUGGCAGUGCCGCCUUCAACCUGUUCGUCAUCAUCUCCAUCUGUGUGUACGUGAUCCCGGACGGCGAGGUACGCAAAAUCAAGCACUUGCGCGUGUUCUUCGUGACCGCCACCUGGUCGAUCUUUGCGUACGUCUGGAUGUACCUGAUCCUCGCCGUCAUCAGUGAGGGCGUGGUGGAGAUUUGGGAGGCGUUACUGACUCUUCUCUUCUUCCCCGCCACCGUGGCAACGGCCUACAUCGCGGACCGGCGCAUGCUCUUUUACAAGUACAUGUCCAAGGAGUAUCGCGUCAACAAGCGUGGCAUUAUCGUCGAGCACGAAGGCCUGGAGAUGGACAAGGCGAACCACACCAUUGGCGGCGAGUUGCAGCAGCUCGAGGAGGAGCACGUGGACGAGGCGGUGCGCGAAUUCGAGGAAAACCGGCGCGAGUACAUCAGCAUCCUGCGUCUGCUGCGCAAGAAACACCCCAACAUGGACAUGGAGCAGCUGGAGCUGAUGGCGCGCGAGGAAGUGCUCAACAAGGGGCCCAAGUCGCGCGCCUUUUACCGCAUCCAGGCCACGCGUAAGCUGACGGGCGGCGGCAACUUGAUGAAGAAGGCGCUGCACGCCGAGAAGAAAGAGGAGGUGGCGGAGAUGGACGAGGUGAAGGCCGAGGACGGUCAUGUGAUCAAAGUGUUCUUCGACCCGGGCCACUACACGGUGAUGGAGAGCGUCGGCGACUUCGAGGUGAUUGUGAAGCGGGAAGGCGGAGACCCGAACCAGUGCGUGUUGGUCGACUACCGCACCGAGGAUGGCUCGGCCAGUGCCGGCAGCGACUACAUCGCCGUCGCCGGCACGCUCUUCUUCGGAGCCGGCGAAACGACCAAGACGUUCAGCGUGGCGGUCAUCGACGAUGACCUGUUCGAGGAGGAUGAGCACUUCUACGUCAAGCUGAGCAACCUGCGUCUCGCCGACCCGGACGGCACGGUCACAUCUCACUCGAACGGCAGCGCCGGCCGCCGCCUCUCGGCGCCCGAGAUCAAGCUCGCGGCACCCUUCGUCGCCACCGUCAUGAUCCUCGACGACGACCACGGCGGCAUCUUCAACGUCGCCGAAAAGGACAUCGAGAUUGUGGAGUCGGUGGGCACUUACGGGCUGAAGGUGUGCCGCUGGUCGGGCGCUCGCGGCCGGGUCGCCGUACCCUACACGACCAUCGAGGGCACGGCCAAGCCCAACAAGGAUUACGAGCACACCGAGGGCGAGGUCAUCUUCGAGAACAACGAGACCGAGCAGUUCAUCACCAUACCAAUCAUCGAGGAGGACAGCUAUGAGAAGGAUGUGCUAUUCUAUGUUGAGUUGCAGGAGCCUCGCUACCUGUCAGUCAACGGCGACUCAGGCGCCACGCUAGACUUCCAAGAUAAAAACCUCAACGACCUUUCGGAGGAGGAAAAGAUUGCUCUUCUAGGAAAGCCCAAGCUCGGUGACUCCACUCGAGCACAAAUUAGAAUAAAGGAGAGCAAAGAGUUCAAGAACACUGUCGACAAAUUGGUACAGCGUGCCAACGCUUCGUUUGUGGUCGGCACGUCAUCUUGGAAGGAGCAGUUCAUUGAGGCCAUCACUGUGUCGGCAGGCGAUGAUGGUGACGAGGAUGACGAGGAGAAGGAGGACGGCGAGGGCAGCGAGGAUGAGAAGCUGCCCAGCUGCGGCGACUACCUGAUGCACUUCAUUACCGUCUUCUGGAAGCUGCUGUUUGCCUUCGUGCCGCCAACAGAGCUGCGCAGCGGCUACCCCUGCUUCAUUGUGUCGAUCGUGUUGAUCGGCGUGCUGACGGCCGUGAUCGGCGACGCCGCCUCUCACUUCGGCUGCACGAUUCAGCUCAAGGACAGUGUCACGGCCAUCUCCGUCGUGGCACUGGGCACCAGCGUGCCAGACACGUUCGCCAGCAAGGUGGCCGCCGUGCAGGACCGCUACGCAGACGCCUCGGUCGGCAAUGUCACCGGAUCCAACGGCGUGAACGUCUUCCUUGGAAUCGGCAUCGCCUGGAGCAUGGCCGCCAUUGUGCAUUGGUUCAAGGGCUCCAAGUUUUUGGUCGACCCCGGAAACCUGGCGUUCUCCGUAACGCUGUUCUGCUGCGAGGCCGUGUUAGCCAUCGCGCUCAUGCUCCUCCGCCGGCACCCAAAAGUGGGCGGCGAGCUUGGUGGGCCACGCGGGGCCAAGAUCGCGUCAUCGUUCUUCCUGUUCUUCCUCUGGGUGAUCUACAUCGCCAUGUCAGCACUGGAGGCUUACGGUGUCGUGCCCAGCUUCUGAGCGAGGUCGGCAAACGACCGGUUGGCGUCCCCAGAGGCGCGGGACGGCACGGGAUUGAUGGGCAGUGUCGCCGUUUGGCGGCGCUGCUGUUGCCACACCAGAGCCCGCCUCCGAGCUGCCCGCGCCGUGCGUCCCGCACGCCCUCGAAGGCAACGGCUCUGUGCAACGCUGAUGUCAUCUGUGAGGGUUCGGACUCGAUCAAUUGGCCGCUAGGGCUGUCGACUAAAGCAGACAGCAGCGACCGUGCUCUCCACCCCGUCCCACCCCUCCCCACCUCGAAGUCCGUGUAUUAGAAAAUGUCCCCUCCCCCGCAAAUGGUCUCGGAGUGCCCAAACCUGGAUGUGAUUCGUACUAGUCAUGUUUUUGUUUUUCUGUUUGCAUGGAGCAUUCCUGUAGGAGAGACUGUGAGUUUCCUGUCCAGUGUUGGCGUGGUCGUCAGUGAACAAUCAUUACUGUACAUAUUAACACGCACGCGGCUCAUUGCGAUUACAUUGGUCACGGUUGUUAAUCACUUAGUUAGGCAAUAGGGGUCUGUCUAUCUGUACCAAUUUUCGGUGAUUUGCGGGUUCUGAUGUGCACGCGGCACGUUUUUUUUUCCUUUGUACUAUUCCGCCCUUGUCGAAGGGCGUCCUCUUCCGCUGCGCCGGAGACCGCCUCUGGUAGCUCUUCACGCGCAGCGGCGCCCGGCUAUUCCGCUCGUCUGUAUGCCUGCGACGCUCCGUCUCCACUCCCUCCUUUGCGUUUGUUUUCCCGUCGCGUGCUGACAUGGCGUGACUGCAUGAUGCGGCGGUCGCGCCGCGGCCUGAGGCGUGCGCGUGUACAGUGGACUGCCGUCGGCGCCCCGGGCGGUGGGAGGCUGGUGAGGUGCAACGAAGAGCGGCGCCGCGUGUUUGGACGGCGCCGGCUCACCGCGCUCAGUCGCUUGGCCGGAUUUACAGCGGCGGCCGGUCGGUGGCAAGUGUCGGCCGGUCGUGACCGCCCCCGUUUCACAGCGGCGGUCGAUCGGUGAAAAGUGGCGGCGGGAAUUGGUCGCCUUGUUUGGCCAGGCUUGUUUGCGGAGCGGCGGCCGAUCGGUGACAGCUGUCGGCUAGUCACGGUCGCCUCCGAUUGGCCAGGCCUGCUCACACGCAUGUGCUGACCAUCAAGAACCUCGCCGUCCCCAUUCGCCCGCCACGACAAUCAGAGAUGCCGCCGGCUGCUGCCACGUCGCCCUGCGCUGGCGCGCCGCGGACGUUGUGUUGAUGCGGGUGUGCUCCGCUGGUGCAAUAAGCCGUCGGCUCGGCGUCACGCGCCGCGAGCCGAUCCUCAGGGGGCGGGGGUCGCGCCGCUUGUUACAUGAUGACUCGCGCUGCGCCGGCGGGCCGGCCGCCGCGAGUCGGGGCGCCGGCAGGCCGGCCGCU